AUGGGAAACAAUUAUCAUAAAUCUACUUAUUAACAUACAUUAAAAAUGUACCAUAGAAAUCCGCAUAAGCUUGUCAUCAAUUUAGAGGAAUCAAAUGAAGUAGGUAUCGAAGGAGCUAGGGGAUUAGCUGAUGCUUUAUAAAACUGUUAGUAACUAGUAGAAUUGUCAAUUACUAUAUAUUCAUCUAAUAAAAUAGGGUAAUAAGGAGCAUGUUAUAUAGGAUAAAGUUUGGGAUGCUGCAAAAAUUUAAAAAUCAUGAAAUUAACAAUUGGAUCAUAUAAUAGUAUAGGUUCUGAAGGAUUGAAGUAGAUAUCUUAAGGAAUCAAAGAUUGCCCUGACUUAAAUAGUGUUUAUCUUUAUAUUGGAUAGUUUAAUAAUCUAAAUGCAGAAGGAUUUACAAACUUAUUUAAGAACUUGCAGCAAUGUGAGAAACUCCAUAAAUUAUUUGUUUAAAUAAAUUCUGGAAAUAAUGUUGGUAAUGAUGGAGCCCUACAAAUAGCUUAAUCACUUUAAAACUGCUUAAAACUGGAGUCUCUUUCAUUGACGAUUGGAUGCCAAAAUAAUUUAUCAGUGAAUAGUAUAAGAUAAAUCAUAUAAAAAAUAAGUAAGAAUUCAUAAAUUAAAUAUUUGUAUUUAGAUAUCGAAGGAUCUAAAUAGAUUGCUCUAUCAUUUUUGUAGCAUUUUCUCCAUAAAAUGAAAAGGCUUGCUUAUUAUAAAAUAAUUAGUAAGUAAUGA